UCUCUCUCUCUCUCUUAAUUCUUAAGAACUUGACAGUUUGUCUAUUGGGAAGACGAGAGUAAAAACCCAAAUGGGCGAAUGGGGGAAAGAACUACUGCAACUUCCUCUGCAGCUUCUUCUUCUUCUUCUUGCUUUUCUGCUCCCUGCUCUACUGGUCCAGUGACGACGUCGUUUUCGGCUCAUUCUCCCCUGCCGCCAGCCAAAAUGUCUCCUCCCUCACCUGCAUUGUGAUCUCUUCGAUCCAACUCACUCACUCUACAUUGAGUGAAGAUAAGUUUUGAGUCUACAACAUGGAGCAAUAUGAAGUUCUUGAGCAAAUCGGUAAAGGGGCUUUCGGUUCUGCGCUUCUUGUCAGGCAUAAGCAUGAAAAGAAGAAGUACGUGUUGAAAAAGAUUCGUCUUGCUCGCCAGACUGAUAGAUCGCGGAGAUCUGCACAUCAGGAGAUGGAGCUCAUUUCCAAGUUCAAAAAUCCAUUUAUUGUGGAGUACAAAGAUUCUUGGGUGGAAAAGGGUUGCUAUGUGUGCAUUAUCAUCGGUUAUUGCGCAGGAGGGGACAUGGCUGAAGCUAUAAAAAAGGCCAAUGGUCUUCUUUUCCCCGAAGAGAAGCUCUGUAAGUGGCUUGUCCAACUUCUGAUGGCGCUAGACUACUUGCACAGGAAUCAUAUUCUUCAUCGCGAUGUCAAGUGUUCUAAUAUAUUCUUGACAAAAGAUCAAGACAUACGCCUUGGUGACUUUGGACUUGCCAAAAUGUUGACUUCAGAUGAUCUUGCCUCUUCGGUUGUCGGAACUCCUAGCUAUAUGUGUCCUGAGCUUCUUGCUGAUAUACCUUAUGGUUCAAAAUCAGAUAUUUGGUCUUUGGGAUGCUGUAUCUAUGAAAUGACUUCUCAUAGGGCUGCAUUUAAAGCGUUUGAUAUACAAGCACUGAUUAACAAAAUUAACAGGUCCAUAGUGGCUCCCCUUCCCACAAAGUACACUGGUGCAUUCCGAAGCCUUAUUAAAAGCAUGCUUCGGAAAAACCCAGAACUCAGGCCAAGUGCUGCUGAGCUGCUUGCUCACCCAGUCCUUCAGCCUCAUGUUCACAAGGUUCAUCUCAAACUCAAUAACCCCAGACAUGGAACUUUAGCGGUCAACUGGCCUGAUACUGGUUACUUGAAGAAGACAAGGUUUUCAGAGCCAGAAGCAGUUCCUUUCUCCACUCGCCGUUACCAGGACAAGCGGCAUACAUUCAGCAAUGAUAGGACUUUAAAUCCUAGUAUAUCUGGAGGUGAGCAAGAUUCUGUAAGCUCUACCCAAGAAAUGCAUGGCAGGCCAAAAUAUCUGAAUCGAGAAUUGGCAGGACAUUCUGUUGGUGGCACUGGCGCCUAUAGAAAAGCAGCCAUACGCAAGCAGCCAAUUGCUUCCAAAACUUCAAAUAUCAUUAACAGUCGAGUUACUCCAGCAAAAGCUUCUGCCACUCCCAAGAGAUUUAUGGAGCCAAAGAAUUGUGCAUCGCUUCCUGUUUCACGCGCUCCGCAGAAGACAGUGAGUACAACUCGCAGAGCAUCAUUGCCAUUAACAAGAGCUGCAACUCAACGGUCCCCUUUCUGGCCCAAUGUUGGUGUUCUUCACUGUAUUAAAUCUCCCGACGUUUCUGUCAAUUCCCCUCGAAUUGACAGGAUAGCUGAAUUCCCAUUAGCCUCGUAUGAAGAACAAUUAUACGAAGAACAGUUUCUGCCUAUCCAUAGAAACUCAUCGCCCUCAGUGCAAGGUUCGUCUGGUUCCCCCCACUCUGGUGACCAUUCAACGAUGAAGGACAAAUGCACCGUUCAGAUAAGCGACAGAGCCUCUCGCAAACUUAGUUUCACAGGUGCAUGGAAGGGAAUUGAACCUGGCAUGUUCAAAGCUGCACCAGACAAUCAAAGUGAUGAAUGUUCGGAUCAAAACGCAACUGCUGGAGCAUCAAGCCGGACCUCAUCAAACACGCGCCGCCAGCAUUUUGACACCUCAUCAUUCCAGCAAAGGGCCGAAGCUUUAGAAGGGCUGCUCGAAUUCAGUGCAAGAUUGCUCCAGAACGAACGAUAUGACGAGCUUGGGGUGUUGCUGAAGCCUUUUGGGCCAGGGAAGGUCUCUCCUAGGGAAACUGCAAUUUGGUUGACUAAAAGCAUCAAGCAAAAUAAUGUCGACCAGGAUGAUCAAUUACAAUGAGCGGUUGCAACAUGUAUUAUAUUUAUUUCCAACUCGAUUAGUUUUGGUAGUCACGAGUUUUCGGUUUUCAUUCUUCUCAAGAGGAAUUAGGCUCCUAGUUAGAUCCUAAUUUUGCAGGUUAUGAUCUCAGAAAAGGAAUUGAUUAUCACCAUGAAUUCAACUUAGUUUGUAUAACUGCGAUGUCUUAAUAGAAUCUCUCUCUCUCUCUC